AUUUGUGUUGUGUAAACGGGAUUUCGUUCGUCGAGUUACUUUAGGCAGCCGUUCGUGUCGUUUUCACAGUGUGUAGCAAAAUUAUUAAUAUUAUAGUUUUUCGGUCAGUUUAUUAGUUUAAAAUAAUUAAUAAGGAUAAUUAAAAGUGCAUUCUGAUGCGAUGGGACUUAUUUUCGAUAGGUAACGAAAGAAAAAUCCGUCACAGCAACGCAUAAAAACCAAAGAGCAAGUUGAAGAGAAAAGGUAAUGUGCGUCAUUAAAAAGUCGGGGAGCUUAGAACGCUUCGUCUAUGGCAGAUCCAGCUAACACACUCGCUGCCGCCAGCACUAGCCGCCGCAAGCGUGUGCUGCCGACGCAGCCACGUUCCGAGGCAAAGCGUCUCAGGACCUCAUCGCAAGACGACAAAAUUUCUUCCGAGAAAACUGCACAUACUUCUACCAGGAUUGGUAAUAAGGGUAAAUCCUCCAAACCUGGUACGUCCCCAAUUAAAAAACCCGACAAACCCGAUAACCUUUCGCGAUCAAAAUCGCAAGGCGAACUCCCCACCACGUCUACCAGACAAAAUUCCAAAAUCGGCAAACACAACAAAACCGAUACGGAACAAAACAACACGGAUUCGGAGCAAAAAUCUAAAAGGAUCCAAAAAAAUUGCCUAGAUUUCAAUAACAAACAAGAUCCGAAUACGGUUUCGACGAGAAAAACCAGAAAAAGUUCUUCUUCAACUUCGAUAUCGAAAGUAAAAGAAGAAAAGAUCAAAAAGAGCGAUAAGAUCAAAGGAUCUUCCCUAUCGUCCUUGAACAGUACGUCUAUCUCGGAUAAUUCCGCGUCUACUUCGAAUUUAACUUUUCCUCAAGUGCACAAAUAUCCUUUGAGGAGCCACAGCAAGAUACCGUUGAAGAGUUCGAUAUCUACAAUAAAUCAUAGCAGCAGUUCGAUCAAUUUACCAAAGAAAAUUUUACCGGAACGAGGAAAAAGAGAUUCCUUAGCGCUGGGGACGAGCAGCAGCAGUCAGCCCGCCACAAGGGACGUUACGGAACCUUCCCGCCUCACACGCAGCGGCGCAGUGUUGAGGCGCAGCACUCGCAGUAGCAAAGGGCACAGCUCAACGACGGGUUCGUGCGCAAGUUCUAGCGGAGCUAGUGGCAGCGGCGGCAGCUCCAGAAGGGCGGUGAGGCAGCAAAAGGUUGGGUCGGCGGCCCCGGCACUUCUUUCGGCUCCUGCCGCGCACGCUGCCGCAGCCAUGGCCGCGGAUCAACCGGAAAUGCCCAAUAACGGACUUUCCGCCACCGAAGAACCGCCCUCCCCCCAAGAAGCCACCCAAGCCCUACCGACAAGCGGCGGUCCGUCGGGCGCCGGCGGCGCCGAUUCCGAAAGCGAUGACAGCGAAGUGGGUAGAUUGCAAGCCCUUUUGGAAGCGAGGGGUUUACCGCCGCAUUUAUUCGGAGCCCUAGGUCCCCGAAUGCAACAAAUGUUACACAGAAGCAUGGGUACUAACAGUUCCGUAGCUAGAGCUCAAGCCCUUUUACCAGGACUCCAAGCUACAGGAGACGAAGGUCAACAACUCCAGGCAGUCAUCGAAAUGUGUCAACUUCUGGUGAUGGGAAACGAGGAAAUCCUGACGGGAUUUCCGGUUAAGCAAGUCGUACCGGCGCUCAUUAAUCUCUUGGGGAUGGAACACAAUUUCGAUAUCAUGAAUCACGCGUGUAGGGCUUUGACUUAUAUGAUGGAGGCUCUGCCGAGGUCGUCGUCGGUGGUGGUGGAUGCGGUGCCGGUUUUUUUGGAAAAAUUGCAAGUUAUACAGUGUAUGGACGUCGCCGAGCAGUCGCUUACCGCCUUGGACAUGUUGUCCAGGAGGCAUUCGAAGGCUAUUCUGCAGGCUAGAGGUGUUUCCGCUUGUUUGACCUACCUCGAUUUUUUUUCGAUAAACGCUCAACGCAACGCCCUCUCGAUAACCGCCAAUUGUUGUUUAACCCUCACCCCCGACGAAUUCCAAUACGUUCAAGAUUCCCUGCCGCUGUUGGCGUCCAGAUUAACGCAACAAGACAAAAAGUGCGUGGAAAGCGUCUGCCUGGCGUUUUCCCGUUUGGUAGACAGUUUCCAAUUGGAACCGUCGCGUCUACAAGAGAUCGCCAGUACGGAAUUACUGACGAAUUUGCAACAGUUGUUGGUGGUGACGCCUCCGAUAGUCAGUACCGGUACAUUUAUAACCGUAUUGAGGAUGUUGUCGGUGAUGUGCGCCAAUUGUCCCGAUCUGGCCCUGACCCUCCUCAAACAGAAUAUAGCCGAAACGUUGGUUUAUCUAUUGACCGGUUCGGCGGAAGUUAAUAACGAAGAAGUCGAAUUGAUACCGAGACAACCGCAAGAACAAUUCGAAAUAACCGCCCUGAUCGGCGAACUAAUGCCCAAAUUACCAUCCGACGGUAUAUUCGCGGUGGACGCUCUCCUCGAACGUCCCGCGAACGUCGCCAAAGAUCAACCGAUAUGGCAAUGGAGAGACGACAGGGCCGUUUGGCAUCCGUACGGUGCCGUCGAUAGUCGAAUAAUCGAAGCCGCUCACAUGAACAAUGACGACGAAGUCAGUCUGAACACGUUAGGGAGAAUUUACACGAUCGAUUUCCAUUCCAUGCAACAGAUCAACGAAGAUACCGGAACGUCUCGACCGGUACAAAGACGGUUCACCCCGAGCGGCUCGCAAGCCAGCCCCGCCGAGCCCGCCACGGCCCCGAAUCGACCGUUGAGCGCGAGCCGAGACGCUCGCGUCGCUUGUCUUCGAGAGGAACGCGGUCUGGCGGCGGCGUUUAUCCGUUCGUUGUUUUCGGUAUUGUACGAGGUGUAUUCGUCGAGCGCCGGGCCGGCGGUGAGAUGUAAAUGCCUGAGGGCGUUACUGAGAAUGGUCUAUUACGCGAAUCCGGAAUUGUUGAGGGACGUGCUGAAGAAUCAGGUGGUCAGUAGUCACAUCGCGGGUAUGAUGGCGUCGAGCGAUUUGAGGAUAGUCGUCGGGGCGUUGCAGAUGGCGGAUAUAUUGAUGACCAAGUUGCCGGAGGAGUUUGGGGUGCAUUUUAGACGCGAGGGGGUGUUGCAUCAAAUCAAUAGGUUGGCCGAUCCGGAGAUUCCUUUGGGAGUGAGCCCGCCCAAAACGAGCAGCAGCGCCACAUCGUUCGCUUCAACGUUGAACGAUUCCCAACCCGGAACGUCCCAAUCAUCGAUCAGCAACGUUUCCCAAACCGCCAACGGUUCGGCGAUAUUAACAGCCACCCCCGUAUCGUCCACCAUGUACACAUCCACGCCGGACACGCAAAGACUUCAGGAAACGGAAACGAGAUCGCCCAGUCCGUCGCACGUGCGUCUCAGCGACGUGCUCAAAAGAAAACGAGCCACCAAACGAACCGGAGGCGGUUCGAGCCGUUCCAAAACCAGACACGAAGAAAUGCCCCUAUCGCCGUCUCUCAUGCAAGAUCUGUUUACCAAAGCCGCUUCCAUAGGAAAUUCCACACCAAGCAAUUCGAGACCUAGAUAUUCGUCCGGAUCGAAAACGAGUUUCCUUCAGAGCCUCAACCCGGCCAGGUGGGGUAGAUCGACCAAUUCCUCCAACGAUCGCAACUACACCAAAGAAUCGUUGAACAUGUUGUCGAAAUCCGCCUCCAAUUCGCACAUAACCGCCGGAAAUCGAGAAAAAACCCGGAAUUGGAUCAGGGAACAAGCGACCAAAUUUAUCGAGACUUACACCGGCCACGAAGACGAUCCCCAUCCUGCUACCACCGUCAUCAACCGUUUAAAAACCGCCAUCGAGAAACUACCCACCAUAAAUUCCCGAGACGCCCUAGUCGACUUAAGGGAUAUUCUAAUGGAUUCUGAUAUAUCCCCUUUCGAGGUGAACCAUUCGGGGUUGAUAACGGCUCUGAUUAGAUACCUGGUGGACGUCGACGGGGAAUUGGAUAGGAAUCAAAGGCUCAGGGUGUUUUUGAACGUGUUCGCCGGUUGUCCCAUCGAUGGUAACGCCGUGGACGUACCUGAAUUGAAUCCUGUGUGGUUGAGCGCUUUGGUAUCGAAAUUGAACGGUUGCGUUUCGCAAUUGGAACAGUUUCCCGUGAAGGUGCACGAUUUGCCGGCGGGUUCGAGGGGCGGUACCAGCGCCUUGAAGUUUUUCAACACGCAUCAAUUGAAAUGUAAUCUCCAACGGCAUCCGGAUUGUACGAAUCUGAAACAGUGGAAAGGCGGUACGGUGAAGAUCGAUCCGUUGGCCCUGGUGCAGGCCAUCGAACGUUAUUUGGUAGUUAGGGGUUACGGACGUUUGAGGGAUAAAGACGUCGGGGUGGAUAGCGACGACGGAGACACCGACGACGAUAUAGACGAUACUUUAGCUAGCGUAGUCAUAUCUCAAACGGGUACAAAACACAAAUUGCAAUUUUUGAUCGGUAACAACGCUCUGCCUUACAAUAUGACGGUAUAUCAAGCGGUAAGACAAUUUAGUAGUAAUGGUAACGAUCAGAGCGAGACUGAUACCGAUAACGAAACGCCAUUGGGUAACGCCGGUAUAUGGGUGCAGACUCACGUGAUUUAUUAUCGGCCGUUGAAAGAGGAAGCUUCGGUAUCGAUUAAAAAUAGUAGCGGUAUUUCCUCGGGUCAUUCUAGUAGGAAGGGGAAAGGAUCUUCGGGUAAGAGCGCUUCCAGACGUCGAACGGACGAACUAUGGAACGAUGGCGUAACACCGGCGCCCCGUUCUCCCUUGGAUCCUUAUUUGGUGGUACAAUUUCCUGAUUCGGUUACGAUUCAAGACGCUUCGUUGGAAGUAUUGUGCCUGUUACGUAUAUUGAACGCCCUAAAUAUGUAUUGGAGUUAUUUGUAUCAACCGGGAGUGGAAUGUAAAUCGAUAUUGCCGAGAUCGGAAUUUUUGAAUAGUAAAAUAGCCGCCAAGGCCGGUAGACAAUUGCAGGAUCCUCUCGUCAUAAUGACAGGCAAUUUGCCGAAUUGGUUGCAACAGAUCGCUUCGGUUUGUCCUUUUUUGUUUCCGUUCGAAACGCGCCAGUUGCUGUUUUACGCUACCUCCUUCGAUAGAGACCGUGCCUUACAAAGAUUGCUCGACAUGUCGCCCGAACUGAGCUCGAGCGAUUCCCAAGAACGCGUCACCCCCCGACUCGACCGACGAAAACGUACGAUAUCUCGCGAAGACAUCCUCAAACAGGCCGAACAGGUGAUGCAAGACAUGGCCACCUCGAAGGCGUUACUCGAAGUGCAAUACGAAAACGAAGUCGGCACCGGCUUGGGGCCGACGUUAGAAUUUUACGCUUUGGUAUCCAAAGAAUUGCAAAAGAUGAAUUUGGAAUUGUGGAACGCCACCAUGACUGAUAACGAAGAAUACGUCAACAAACCUACGGGAUUGUUCCCCAUGCCUCUAUCCAGGAGCGCCAAAGUCAGCCAGAUAACGAAAAUCAAAAGCAAAUUUAGAUUUUUGGGAAAGUUUAUGGCUAAAGCCGUCAUGGAUUCGAGAAUGCUGGAUCUACCGUUUAGCGUCACUUUCUACCGAUGGUUGUUGGGACAAGAGACAAGUUUGACCUUGUCGGAUUUGCGUCACGUGGAUCCCGAAUUGUACAAAACGUUACGUAAGAUGCACUACUUGGUUAGACAGCGAGACGCCAUUUUGGACGACCCCCGUAUAUCACGAGAAGACAAAACCAUCGAAUUGGAAAAAUUGACGUUGGACGGUUGCCCCAUCGAAGAUUUGGGCAUCGAUUUCGUGGUACCCGGAUAUAAUAUCGAAUUGAUGAAGAGCGGUAAAUCGACGGGGGUGACUAUCCACAAUCUGCACGCGUACGUGAAGUUGAUGACGCAUUGGAUAUUGCAGGAGGGCGUUUCGAGACAGAUGGAAUCGCUAAGGGAGGGUUUCGAAUCCGUUUUCCCUUUGGAUAAUUUGAAAGUGUUUUUACCGGAAGAAUUGGAAUCUGUGUUUUGCGGUAGUCCCAAAGAUUAUAUACUCGGAUGGGACGUUAAGACUUUGAUGGAAUGCUGUCGACCGGAUCACGGAUACACUUCGGAUUCGAGGGCUAUCAAAUUUUUGUUUGACGUACUCAGUUCGUACGAUACCGAAGAACAGAGGAUGUUUGUACAGUUUAUAACCGGUAGUCCGAGGUUACCGGUGGGAGGUUUCAAAGCUUUAUCGCCGCCGUUGACAGUAGUACGUAAAACAUUAGAAACCAACAUGAACCCCGACGAUUUCCUACCGUCUGUGAUGACAUGCGUAAAUUACCUCAAGCUCCCGGACUAUUCCAGCAUCGAAGUGAUGAGAGAAAAAUUGAAAUUGGCAGCUUCGGAGGGUCAACAUUCGUUUUAUCUCUCGUAAAUGGGGGAGGGGGAUGCGUGUAUAUAUAUAUAUCUAUUAAUAUUUACGGUAUGCCAUUAUCCAGAAUUUUUGUUUUAUUUUUUUUUUCGUUUUUCGAUAAUUAAUUUUUCUAUUUAAUUGAAUGAUAUAUCGUUUUAGUUUGAAAUUUUUGGUUGUAGACGCGAAAAUCAAUUAUACAGUGCUCGAAAAUAGUUUUGAUUCGAUUUUUCUUUAUUUCCAGCAAUAGCGACGCUCCCUGUAUGUAAAUAUUCGAAAAAAGUGUCGAAUUUUCCCAAUUACCCGAAAAGGUUUUCGCGUAUUCCUUUUCCGCCGCAAAAAAAAACCGUUUUUUCCAUUUUUUUUUGCGUACAGUGUUUGUCGUUAAGGCGGAAUGAAAAUUUCAAUAAUCGAGUUGGCGGUUUGAAAUUUUUUUUCUCGAUUGGUCGGAGUUGACUUUGAAAAUAUUUUUUUGAGGCGAGAAAAUCUGUAAAAUCCAUUUUCUUGAAAUUAUUUUUCGUCCGGAAAUGUGGGAAGGUCGUUUUGGCCUUUGUUCGUUAUCUGGAAGUCUACAAAGGUUAUUUUGGCCUUUUUCCGAAUAAUUUUUCAUCCUAGAAGUCUGACAAAGUAAUUUCAGUGGCCCUCUUCGAAAAGUUCACCACCUGAAAAUCUAGUAAUAUCAUUUUUGGUCUGGAAAGGUCGUUUUAGCCUUUUUUCCACAUAAUUUCUUCACUUGGAAGUUUGAAAAAGUCAUUUGGACCUUGUCCUUCAAAUUGUUCACCGCCUAGAACUCGGGAAAGGUCGUUUUAGCAAUAGUUUGAUAUCUGAAAGGCUAGAAAGGUCGUUUUGACCUUUUUUCCAAAUAAAUUAUUCAGUUAGUUUUCAUUUGGAAGACCAGAAAAGUGAUUUCAGUCUUUAUCUUCGAAAAGUUUACCAUCUGAAAGUCUAGAGAAAGGUCAUUUAGUAUCGUUUUUGGUCUGGAAAGGUCGUUUUAGCCUUUUUUCCAAAUAAUUUUUCACUUGGAGGUUUGAAAAGGUUAUUUCAGCAUCGUUUUUGGCAUAGAAAGGUCAUUUUGGCCUUUUUACCAAUAAUUUUUUAACUCAAGAGUUUGGAAAGGUCGUUUAAGCCUUUGGUUUCCAUCUGGAAAUUGCAUUUUAGCAUUUGUUUUCCAUGUUGCUUUUUCUCUAGAAGAAAAUUUCUAAGUUCAUGAAGUUUCAGCCCGUUUUCGUAGAGAUUUAGUCAUAAAUUGUUCAGGUCGUUGUCGUACAGGGUUCCUCAAAAAGUAUCAAAUCGUUUCAGCUUAUUUUCCCAAUGAAUUUUUCAAUCGAAAGUCUGUAAAGUUCGUUUUAGCCUGUCUGGCCGCUUCUAUGACGCAAAAUCCGCCAAUUCGUUUUCCGAACUGUUCCCACGAACAAUUCCCAUACAGGGUGUUGUAUUUAUCGCGCAGCAUCGACUAUUCAUUUGAUAACGGAAAGUGGCGUCGAGAACAAUCUCGAUCUUCCAUUUUUUUUCCUUUGUACAUAUUUAACGCGAUUGUAAAUAUUUUCACCCCCAAAUUUAGCCCCCGUGUACCAUAUUUUAUCACCCCACCCCCCUCGUAGGAUGAAGGGUAACCGGAUUUCGUUUAGAUCGGGGCGGUGACUGUUGACCCCCCUCCACCCUUCGGCUGGAUAAUGGCACGAAACGUUGUAAAAAAUAUCGAUCGCGAUUGAAAAAUAUCCAAAAAGAAAAAGAA